GCGGAAGAUGACUUGUCAGUGUUGUUGUGGAAAGCUGACAGGCACGUGAGCUGUGCAACGUCGUUUGUACACUACAGUCGACAUGGCGGCUACUACUCCUCCCAAGGUUCUAUUUGAACACGAAGGGGUCUUUGUUCAUUCAAGUACAGAUGAUGGGGACGAUCAGGAUUUACUAAUAUCAGGAUUCCUGCGUGUCUUAGAUAAGGAUGGGGAAUCUGUGAUUGAAUAUAAGCCACUGGAGGACUCAGUCGAUCCAUCAAACAUGUUGUGCGCAUGCAAGGACUCCAGUUCAGUGGUGGAGUGGACACAGUUUCCAACGGACCGGUCACAUCACACAGUGGACCCGCAGCAGAGCUGCGAGACAGAGUGGGACAUGGUGAACACAGUGUCCUUUAAGAGGAAACCCCACGCCAACGGCGAAGGUACCUCUCACCACACACACGAGAAGAACCGCUGGGCCUUUAGCUUCACCACCGCUGACCUGAGAACAGUCACACUGAAGACAGAAGGCUGGACGCACCUUGUCUUCUGCUUGAAGGAUGACACCACCUUGUCUGCCAUCCACUUCCACCAGGGAGGCAGCCAGGAGUUCAUGGACUGCCUGCGGAGAUGCGUUCAUCUAACAGAGAGUCCCAGGGACAAAACGACAUAUCUUGUUAGCAGUCAUAACAAAGCUCUAUCACAGUCCUUUGAGAACCUUUUGGAUGACACCAACUAUGGCCUGGUUCAAAAGCUGAAGAAGGACCCCUACACCGCCACACUGGGGGGGUUCUCCAAGGUCACCAACUACAUCUUCGACGCGUUCCGUGCCCCCGAGCUGGAGCAGAGGGACAGGCCGGAGGAGGAGGUGGCCGACAUCUUGGGGGAGAUCAUCCCCGGUCUGGAAAUCAGUCAGCUGGAGGAGCCGGGAUUUGAGGUCAUCACACGGGUGGACCUGGGAUCAAGGCCAGAGGUCCAGCGUGGAGACCCGCUCACUCUGGAGGAAUGGCUCAAGUACCAAGACCAGGAGGGCCGGGUGCGCAAGGUCCCACAGCUCAAAGAAAGAAUAUUCAAAGGGGGCCUGUGCCACGUGGUGAGGAGAGAGGCCUGGAAGUUUCUGCUGGGGUACUACCCCUGGAACAGCACCUCAGAGGAGAGGAAGGGCCUCCAAAGGAGAAAAACAGACGAGUACUUCAGGAUGAAGUUGCAGUGGAAGUCAGUCAGUGAGGAGCAGGAGAGGAGGAACUCCAGGUUACGAGACUACAAGAGUCUUAUAGAGAAAGAUGUCAACCGAACUGACCGGACCAAUAAGUUCUAUGAGGGUCUGGAAAACCCUGGUCUCAUCCUGCUCCAUGACAUCCUGAUGACAUACUGCAUGUAUGACUUCGAUCUGGGUUACGUGCAGGGCAUGAGUGACCUGCUCUCUCCUAUCCUCUUCGUCAUGGAGAAUGAGGUGGACGCCUUUUGGUGCUUUGUCAACUUCAUGGAUGAAAUGCAUGAGAACUUUGAGGAGAAGAUGCAGGGGAUGCGGACACAGCUCGUCCAGCUCAGCGCGUUACUACGGUUACUGGACCUGGCCUUCUGGAACUACCUGGAAGCACAGGAUUCUGGGUACUUGUAUUUCUGUUUCCGAUGGCUGCUCAUCCGCUUCAAGAGGGAGCUUCACUUUCAGGAUGUUCUCCGCUUGUGGGAGGUCAUGUGGACUGGAUUGCCUUGCCAAAACUUUCACCUGUUGGUGUGUUGUGCCAUUCUGGAUUCUGAGAAGCAAAAGAUCAUGGAUAGGCAUUAUGGUUUCAAUGAGAUUCUCAAGCAUAUCAACGAACUCUCAAUGAAGCUGGAUAUCGAAGAAAUCCUUCAUAAAUCUGAAGCAAUCUGUUUGCAGAUCAAAAACUGCAAGGAUUUACCUAGCUCAGUUAGUGAGAUUUUGGGACUGAAAGUCGCCUGUGUUAAACCCACGUUGGAGCUCAGCGACUACGGGAUCCUGACACCACCUUUGCACACCUCCGGCGAACUCCUCGUCUCCAACGGCCAUGGACAGUUGUCGGAAACGUCGUCCAAUGGCUACAAAGUAGCCUUCAUCUCGUAGUGAAACUUGAGGACUCGAGACUCAAUACAGAGACUUUUCACACUCGUACACACACACCUGGGAGAACUACAGAACAGAGUUACCAGAGGUCACAGUGCAAACAGUCCAGAGGAAAAAAUGGAAAUUAUAUAUAGAUUCAUAUAUAAAUAAGAAUGUAUAACGAGGGCCUAAAGAGGCCCAAAAUGUAUUAUUUUUGUAAUUUCUUGUAUUAUAUUUUCUUUCAUUGAUAUAAUCAUUCCUUCCCACUCUGUGGAGAGUUUUAGUAAUGUCAAAAAAGGUGGAGUCUCCAUUUGGUGGAAAAAAAGUUUGUCUUUUCUGAACCAUGCACACAAUUGUUUAAAAUUAAAAUCAACAGAUGCUGUAGUGUAUGUUGAUUUUGAGGCCUUUAAAGAAUUAUAUUUAUUCUUAGAAUAAGAUGAGCAUUAUUUGGACACAGGGAUAGUUUGUGUUUUUUAUUGGAUGCUGUGUGAUUUCGCUUAUAGGUGUGAUUUCAUACUUUUAAGUAACAUACUUCAUCUGCCAUUUCAUUCUUGAUUGAGAGUUAGAGUUCUCAGACCUUUUUAUAAGCCAGGGUAUAUACUUUAUACUUAUACACAUACGCACAGCUACACACACACACACACACACACACACAUGUGUGUGUUUGUGUGUGUUUAUGUAUGUAUGUAAUACUGUAUAAUGCAUUUCGUUUGUUAUUUAUUUUGGUUUUGUCCAACAAAAAAGGAAAGUAUUGAAAAAUGUAAAUUACUUUUCACCAUUUUUUAAAUCAAUACCACAUACAGCUGUUUAUUUUAUUUUUUAUUUUAAAUGUUGGCCUGUAAUUUAAAGGGGAAAUAAUUUGUCAUUUCAGAAGUUUCAACUCUAACACCUGUAAAUUGAUCAAAAAAGCAAACAUGUUGUAACCAUUUAGAUAAUUGCACUUUAGUGGUUUGGAGUUGGAAGUGAUUAUCAUGUAACGUCAAAUGCUGAAGGGUAAAAUAUAACUGCACUGUGACUGUGGGCUCAGAUAAUCAAAGCAGUUUUCAUAAUAAUAAUAACAACAACAAAAAUAAUACCAGUUUCAAAUAACACACAAAGAGAAGGGUGAAUUAGCCUAAGAUGGUUUCUUAAAUAUCCUCCAUCUGUUCAUUAUAAUUUCUCAGAGCUCUAAUGGACUGCUUGGGCAUUAUUUACAUGCUUUGUUUUAAUGUUGAUCAGUAUCAGGCUCGUUCUGCAUCAACAUUUGAUUUCUGAAGCUGCACAUGUUCUGAUCUUUCAUUAGUCAUUGCGCACCCACAGACAAUACUUAACUAGCUUCAUCUGCUUCUGUACCCUGAGUUGUCCACCUGUAUUUAGUUGUGUUCACUUCAUACAAAUAACUCUUAGUUCUGUAAUCAUUUGUUUUAUCAACUCAUCCAGCAGCUGGUGAAGGUUGUGUACAGAUGUGCCUCUUGCAUGAGCAGGGUGGAUAGAGGUGGCCUUGCUUUUUGAAGGCUGACUGUCACAGUGAUGUUACUCAAUGCAAACUAACUGUGACUACAAUAAACUUCAACAUAAUGGGAUGACACCUAAAA